CGUAGGGCGGAAGUUGCGUGAUCCAGCAGCCUGUCACUCACCGGAGAGCUGCUAGCUGCUAGCUGUUAGCCGCCUGCUGCCCCGAAAAACAAGUAGAAAAUCAUCAAUAAAAGCGUCGCCAAGUGCGAGAGAAACCAGCUCUUUACAGGAAUAUGGAUGACGACGUGCUGACGACUCUGAAGCUGUUGAUAAUUGGAGAAAGUGGAGUCGGGAAGUCGAGUCUCCUCCUGAGGUUCACAGAAGAUACCUUUGAUCCAGACCAGUCAGCCACAAUAGGUGUGGAUUUCAAAGUAAAGACUCUCGCAAUAGAUGGGAACAAAGCAAAGCUCGCCAUCUGGGACACAGCCGGACAGGAAAGGUUUCGCACCCUGACACCCAGCUACUACCGCGGUGCACAGGGAGUCAUACUUGUAUAUGACGUCACAAAGCGCGAGACUUUUACGAAGCUCGAAAACUGGCUGAAUGAGCUGGAAACCUACACAACACGCAAUGACAUUGUGAAGAUGCUUGUUGGGAACAAAAUCGAUCGGGAUGACCAUGAAGUGGACAGAAAUGAGGGGCUGAAGUUUGCUCGGAAACACUCUAUGCUUUUUAUUGAGGCCAGUGCAAAGACCAAAGAUGGCGUCCAGUGUGCCUUUGAGGAGCUUGUGGAGAAGAUCCUCCAGACUCCGGGGCUUUGGGAGAGCGAAAGCCAGGGUCAGAGGGUCCGUCUGGAUGACCAGGAGCAAGGCGGCGGCAGGGCAUGUGGAGGAUACUGUUCCAUACCCUGAAACCGGACAGACGGAAGAAGAAAAAAAAGCACCAACCUGAUAGGAAUGACUACGGACCAGAAACAGAGGGAUGUGGAACCGGAUGAGUACUUUUUAAAAAAAGAAAAAGUUUAUUGUUGGCGUAGUUCUGUCGGUCAAAAGGAUUCUGCAGUUUGCACACUUCCUUUUCAACCAUCAUCUGUCACUACUUUCUGUUUAAAAACAUGAAUGAAAGGAUCAUGCAAAAAUAGCCUCUUGCCUUGAGGAAGCAUAGUGUUUUAAAUUGACAUGCCAAGUGUACGUCGCACGAGCACAUGUCUGGUUUGAAUUUAGCUUAUUGGCAGCAGUGAUCCUGUUGUGCAUUAAGGCAUCAGGUUAAUAGCGCAGUGCCUGUUACACAAACCAAUUUGUAGGUUACAGCGGACAGCUUGUCAAAUAUUACCCCAAAAUAAUCAAUACAGAAGUCCCCUCAAGUUCCCUGCCUACGCUUUGUGAGAUGUAAAUGUCAACUUCUAUGUAGCUGCAAGUACAAAAUGUCACACACAUCACUUGGAAGAGGCUUGUUGUUAUGUGUAGUGAUCUGUCAUUAAGCACCUCGACACUGUGAAUGCUCCCAAAUAAGACAUUUCCCAAUGGACCCUGGUUACCAACACUAAAUCAAAUCUAAUUAUUAUUCAUUUUGAUGGUGAUUUCCAAUCAAAGUCUAUGCUUCAGAACAUAUAGAGGCUUCCAAGUGAACCAUUUUCCUCUCUUCUACAUGGAAAUAUGCAAGACAAGUAGCCGUCUUUGUCUUUCAGGAUUUCCUGCAACCAAACCUGUCUUCGUCUCUACAUGUCUAAUCUGGACCAUAACUUUCACAGCUGCAAGUGUAAGGUUUACAGUAUUAAGAGCUCUCACAAUAAAAUAUGCUCUUUUACUCACUUGAGUUCACAGCUUUGCCCAUCUGAUCUGGCAAAAUGACAAGCAGUUUGUUCAUUUAGUCUCAGCUUGACCCUGUAAGCCUGUUUUCUCCCUGUUUAUUUAUCAGUUUUCCGUGUGGUGCUGUGGUCCAUUAGAUGUCCCACUGACUUAUUGUAGGCAUUUCUCUCAUUAUUAUUAUAUUGUGAGAGCAUUCCUAAGAGCUUCCUGUCUACAGUAUAGUAUGGAUUUGAUGUAUUGUCGCUAUUUGUUUGAAAUCCUUUCUUCUUUUCUUGUUUAAAAUCACGUCAAACCUUUUUAUCCCUGUACCUUUUUUUCCUGUUGCGUUUGCUGUGCGCCUACUUGAAUCAUAUUCAGCAAUAUGUUAUAAAUUGUUAUCUGCCUUAACAUUGAAGGACAUGUGAGAGAUGUGGUCCAGUAACGUUUGUAUUGUUUCAAAAACUGAAAUAAAUGACAACCUCAAGACUAA